AUGACCAGCCAAGAAUCAAUUGGAAUUAAAUUUUUAUUUGGGGGAUUAUCAUGUAUGGGAGCAGCAGUGGUUUCUAACCCUGUUGAUGUAUUAAAAACUAGAUUUCAAAUUCAUGGAGAAGGUAUUGAUAGUAAAAGUUUAGGAUUAGUUAAUGGAACUAUAAAAAUAAUUAAAAAUGAAGGUAUUUCAGCAAUGUAUAAAGGAUUAACACCAUCAUUACUUAGAGAGGCAACUUAUUCAACAUUAAGAAUGGGUGGAUAUGAUGUUAUAAAGAAUUAUUUUAUAGAUUCAAAUGGUAAAACCAACCUUUUAUCAAAAGUCACAUCUGGUGCUUUAUCAGGCGCCCUUGGAGCAUGUAUUACAUCACCAACUGAUUUAAUUAAAGUGAGAAUGCAAGCAAGUUCUAAAGGUGUUAAAUACGAUUCAAUUUCAUCAGCAUUUAAAGAAAUCAUUGCAAAGGAAGGUAUUAAAGGUCUAUGGAAAGGUGUUGGACCAACUACCCAACGUGCAGCAUUAUUAACAGCAUCUCAAAUACCAUCCUAUGAUCAUAUUAAACAUAUGAUUCUAGAUCAUGGUAUUAUUCAAGUCGAUGGAUUGCAAGUUCAUAUUGUAUCUUCAAUUUUCGCAGGUUUAAUCGCUUCAAUCACCACCUCACCAGUUGAUUUAGUUAAAACUAGAAUAAUGAAUCAACCUUUUGAUUCUAAUGGUGUUGGUUUAAUUUAUAAAUCAUCAUAUGAUUGUUUUAAAAAAACUUUUCAAAGUGAAGGAAUUUCUGGCCUUUAUAAAGGUUUUUUACCAAAUUGGUUUCGAAUUGGACCACAUACUAUAGUUACAUUCAUUCUUUAUGAAUAUUUAAGAAAAGUUAGUGGAAUAAAACCGAUUUAA